AUGAACCCAGGCUCCGUCCCCGUAGGCGGGCCUGCGAAUCGACCACCAGGCACCAUUCCUGUGGUGCGCCGCAAGAAGACUCAAUCUGAUCCAUUCUUCAAAGGCCCUCGGAAGAAUCCAGCCGGCAUUACUGGCAUCAAACAAGUAAACGGUCAUGCAACUCCCCCAGUCAAUGGCCAACCUCCUCCUAAACGAAUCCCUGUGCCAAAUGGCCCGCGAACCGCCUCGCUCUCCCAACCCGCCCUUCCUGAUCAAGAGCGUGUAAGCGGCUUCAGUGAUCCGCGACUCACUGCGGAGGGAAUCCCUUACAAAGACUACAAGCUUGUAACAUCGAAGAAGGACCUCCUGAAUGGCCUGCGAUACCACCUCCUGCAGCUAGCGGGUGAGAAGGCUAUAGAUAUUCGGAAUGAGGCCGAAUUCCCGAAGCCCGCACGUCUUCAUCGACGCGAUCCUAGAGCACCGCCUCCCGGUCAACAGCACCAGCAGCAGCAACACAAAGAAGAAGACGCCCCGCCCGAGCCCAAAGAUGGCUUGAAUGCUGCAGAGCGAGAAGAGGUGAACAAGAGGAAAGAGGCUCGGCAAAAGGAGCGGGAGGCGAACCUUGCUCAGAUUGCCCCGUCGCAAGGCUCGGGACGAAAGGUAAAUUUCAAGAAGAAGACUCAACAGGUAUUCAGACCAGAUUUCUCUGCCGAAGAUAAGCGUCGAAUUCAAACCAACUACGAAGAGAAGCUACCGUGGCACCUCGAGGACUUUGACGGUAAACAUUGUCUCAUUGGUCACCACCAGAUGGGAUCGAUGGGAACUACCGUUGCUUUCGUCUACGAGCCUGGGACAGACUCUCCCAGAUUCCGGUUGGUCCCCGUCGAGAAAGUCUACCAAUUCAAACCGAAGCGCGAACUUGCCCAGCAGAUGUCGAUCGAAGAAGUCGAGGCAGCCAUGAAAAAACGUGGCACUGAUCCUGAAUGGCUGAUCCGACAAAGAGAAGCUCGCAUUGCGGAGGCGUCGCGCGAGCUAGCUGCAAGGCAGAGCAGGGGCCUUUUCUCGGGCGCUGCCAAGACAGAAACCUUUGCCGGCAGGACAGGCGAAGAUGCAGACUUGGACUUCGAGGAUGAUUUCGCCGACGACGAGGAGGGUGAUCUUUUCGUUGACAAGGAUGAGGACGAGAAGUUCGCUGAGAAACGAAUCAAAGAAGAUCAGUUACAAGCCAAUUUCCUCGACUUCAAAGACCUUAAGGAAUACGAUGAGGCCGAAGAACGAGAGCGACGGGAGGCAGAAGCUCGAAAGAAGAAUUUCCGCGAGCUGAGGAAGGCUCUCGAACGGAGAGAGCGCAACUUUAAUCAUGCUAGCGACUCUGAAUACGAGUCAUCGACCGAUUCCGAAGAAGAGCGAGAGCGCUUAGAGCGUGAGCGAAUUGCCAAUCUCAAGAAGGAGGAAGAAGACGCCGACGGUAAAAAGUCUGCCCUUCCAUCGUCAGGUGGAAACACACCCUCCGGCCGCAAGGAGAAGCACGCCGGCACAGCAAGCGAUCGCGAAGGAGGAAUUAAGAAGUCCUCCUCUUCGAAGUCCCUGAAACGUCCAGGCUCACCAAAUCUGUCCGAAGCUUCAGGGACAGACGCCUCGACCAGAAAGAAAUUGAAGUCACGGCACGUAGCAUCCACACAACCGACCCCCGGUCAGUCUCGGCCAAUGUCACCAGCAAACGCUCUCGACGCUUCAGCAGCGCUGAAGGCACGCAGACGUGCUGCAGGCAGUGGCGCAGGAUCCGACACGGACACCAUGCUCAGCGACCGCGAUGGCGGCGCCAUGUCGGACGCCAGCAGAACCAGGCGCCUCAAAUUGAAGAUGUCAGUCUCACCCCCUGCCACUGGAACAUCCACGCCGCAGCCGUCGUCGCGCGGAGGCUCGCCUGCACGCUCACCGGUUCAACAACCCAUGAGCCCCACUGCUUUCCCUUCGGUGCAGGAUAUCAAGAACGCUAUUCCCCCUCAUGGCAUCGCCAUCAAGGACUUGAUGAAAGUCGUGGCACAUCCGAAGGAUCGACGGGCGGAUUUUGUAGCCUUGGUCAGAGAGGUCGCGCGCAUGGACAAGGAAAGAGGUGUUUUGAUGUUGAAAUGA